AUGUGGUCUUGUAUAAAAGACUUUUUCACCUAUGAAACCACCAAGUCAGUGGUAGUGAAGAGCUGGACCAUCGGCAUCAUCAACCGCGUCGUCCAACUCCUCAUCAUCACCUACUUCAUUGGGUGGGUGUUUGUGACUGAGAAGGCUUACCAGAUAAGAGACACUGCUAUUGAAUCCUCAGUGAUGACCAAGGUCAAAGGUUUUGGGAUCUACAAUGACAAGGUCAUGGAUGUAGCAGACUACGUCACUCCAACACAGGGAGCUUCGGUCUUCUGCAUCAUCACCAAAAUGAUCACAACUGAGAACCAAGUCCAAGGAUACUGUCCCGAGAGUGAGAAGAAGUAUAUUUGUAUAAAGGACAGUGACUGCACAAAGCAUCUCCACAAGCCAGGAAGUUAUGGAAUUCUGACAGGGAAAUGUGUUCCUUUCAACACCACCACUAAGAUGUGUGAGAUAAAAGGAUGGUGCCCUGCCGAGAUCGACACCAUCAAGACUACACCAAUGAAGGAAGUGGAGAAUUUCACCAUUUUUAUCAAGAACAGCAUCCGCUUUCCAACCUUUAACUACACUAAAGGGAACUUCCUUCCUACCAUCACUGACGAUUACAUAAAAAAAUGUAACUUUGAUACGGUCAACAACACCUACUGCCCCAUCUUUCGUGUCGGAGACGUGGUCCACUACGCAAAGCAAAACUUCACUAAACUGGCAGACAAG